AUUUGACAACGUUGCCGAUGAAUUACUACUCGUCUUGUGGAAGUUUCCCACCAUUUACGCCGGGUUUGAAUGGUGUUUAGGAAAUUGCGAAAUUCGCGAUACCGUUGGUGGGAUCAGGUGUCUUUUGUAUUUGCGACCGGUUCGAGAGGUUUGAUUGCAGCGUUGCCAUUCGAGACGAGUUAGGGUUCAUCAGUGGGUGAAUUUAGGGGAUAUAAAGCGUCGACAAUUGUAUUUUAAUUGUGGGCAUUUGCAAAUUGUCGUAAAUUUUCGAAUUAAUCAGUUGGUGGGUGCCGUUUCGUGGUGUAUUUGGAAAAAUUUUGAUUACUGCCUGCAUUGUGUGCGCAGAUCUGUCCGUCCAAUGAGAGCGGGCUAUUUGGCCGCGCACGCGCAUCGGUUGCCUUUUGCAGAGGAACAGUCGCCAUUUUGCAAGCGUCGCGAGAUUGUUUGAGAAACGCUCUUCCCGAGCCAGUGUUUUUAACACGGUAGUACGAGUGUAUUUUCACGGAGUUACACGCAAAAAGCCGGCAUGGGUGAUUACCUAGUUGCAGGUGUGCAGCAGGAUGCAUUGGGCUCCGCACAGCUGGAGUUGGGCGGCAGUCCAAAUUCGCUGGCCCUGCGACGGCCCUUCGACCCGCUAGCCCACGACUUGGAGGCAAGUUUCCGUUUGACGCGGUUCGCGGAUUUGAAAGGCCGCGGAUGCAAAGUGCCCCAAGAGGUCCUCUACAAGCUGGUGGAAGGUUUACUACAGGACCACAAUGCCGCAGCGGAGCACGAACAUGCUCAUUUUAUGCAUAUGUCCAUUCCCAGAAUCGGAAUCGGCCUCGAUUGUUCGGUGACACCGCUCAGACAUGGUGGCUUGUGCCUGGUCCAGACGACGGACUUCUUCUACCCUUUGGUGGACGAUCCCUACAUGAUGGGCAAAAUAGCGUGCGCCAACGUGUUGAGCGACUUAUACGCCAUGGGUGUAACCGAAUGCGACAACAUGCUGAUGUUGUUGGGCGUUAGUACAAAGAUGACCGAGAAGGAACGCGACGUCGUCAUUCCGUUGAUAAUGCGGGGUUUCAAGGAUUCGGCGUUGGAAGCCAACACUUCGGUGACUGGCGGCCAGACAGUGGUGAACCCCUGGUGCACGAUUGGAGGUGUGGCGACAACGGUGUGUCAGCCCAAUGAGUACAUCGUUCCGGACAAUGCUGUCGUUGGUGAUGUGCUAGUGCUCACAAAGCCUCUGGGCACACAAGUAGCAGUAAAUGCCCACCAAUGGCUGGACCAACCGGAGCGUUGGAACCGCAUCAAGCUGGUUGUGAGCGAGGAAGACGUCAGAAAAGCUUACCACCGUGCCAUGGAUUCCAUGGCCCGACUAAACCGCAUAGCCAGCCGUCUAAUGCACAAGUACAAUGCUCACGGUGCAACUGACGUAACUGGUUUUGGUCUAUUGGGACAUGCACAGACACUGGCCUCCCAUCAGAAGAAUGAGGUCUCCUUCGUCAUUCACAACUUGCCUGUGAUUGCGAAAAUGGCAGCUGUCGCAAAGGCGUGUGGAAACAUGUUCCAACUCUUGCAAGGACACUCGGCUGAGACAUCGGGAGGGCUACUGAUCUGCCUGCCCAGAGAACAGGCAGCCGCCUACUGCAAAGAUAUAGAGAAGCAAGAGGGGUACCAAGCUUGGAUCAUUGGUAUUGUGGAGAAAGGCAACAGAACGGCCCGAAUCAUCGAUAAGCCGCGAGUAAUUGAGGUUCCAGCUAAAGAAUAAUUAUAUUUAAAUACUUUUUCCAAGUAUAUCUAGUGGUUAAUUUUAUAACUGCUUAUGUUGUAAUAAUUUACGAUGCUUGUAUAUUGUUUCUGCAAAGUUUAUCUGGCUUUUAAGUAACCUUAUAUUCCAGAAAAAAAUUUAAAUAUUUGGAUUCUCAUUAAUAAGUAGGUUAUUUUGUAAAGAAAUGUGUUCUUCAUUUUUAGUUUGAUAUGUCAUUAGAAGUAUAGGAAUAAAUUCAUAACUGUAUUUUAUAUGAUUUUUCAAUAUAAUACAAAAUUCACAUUGUAUCCUUAUUCUCAUGUAAUUUGAGUAAAACAAAUGAUUAUUUUUCUACUUAAGAUAUAUAUCUAAAAGAUCUAGUGGUUAUAAUGUUGUUCUUUAUGAUCCCUUCUAUAUAUUUGUUUUACGUUUGUAUUUUCACUUGAGAAUAAACAUACUUUAACCAUG